AUGUGUGGCAUCCCCACGAAAUACGUCUCCCUCCUCUGUCUUGUCGUCCAGAACUCGACUUUGGUCCUGGUCAUGCGGUAUUCCCGAAUCUUGCCAGGUCCAAGAUACUUGAGCUCGACCGCUGUCGUCCUAUCCGAGCUCAUCAAAUGUAUCAUCUGCUUGUUUGUCCACAUCCGCGAACAGCAAGCCCAGUCACGGCAUUCUCGACUCCCCACACUUUCCGACGAUGCGAGUCCAGCGUCAAGUCACUCGGGCUACAGCCUGCGCCAGCUAUGGACCGACUUGUUCAGUCUCAAAAGCGGCUUCCUGAAACUUCUCGUCCCCGCCAUCCUCUAUACUCUUCAAAACAAUCUCCAGUUCGUGGCUGCCUCCAACUUGGAUGCGGCCACUUUUCAAGUGACAUACCAGUGCAAGAUCCUGACCACCGCCCUGUUUGCCGUGGUGAUGCUCGGACAGAGUCUCUCGCCCCGGAAGUGGCUGGCUCUGGUCAUUCUCACCGCCGGCGUCGGCUGCGUCCAGAUCCCUUCGUCGACCACGCCGUUGCACGCCCGGCAAGGCAACUACCUCCUUGGCAUCUCCGCCGUCACCAUCGCCUGUGUCUGCUCGGGGUUCGCCGGCGUCUACUUUGAAAAAGUGCUCAAGGGCGGUCAGCACGCAUCUAUAUGGGUGCGCAACAUCCAAUUGAGUGUCAGCUGUCUGGGCAUUGCCCUCUUUGGCGCUCUGAUGUGGAACGGUCAGGCCAUCCGCGAAGGUGGCUUCUUCCAAGGAUACAAUGCUGUGGUGGUUGCCACGGUCUGCAUUCAAGCUGCGGGGGGGCUUAUUGUGGCGAUGGUUAUCAAGUACGCCGACAACAUCCUCAAGGGCUUCGCCACUUCCCUCUCCAUUAUUUUCUCGACCAUCGCUUCGGUCUUCCUUUUCAACUUCGUCCCCACCAUCUAUUUCAUGCUCGGGUCGGUCCUGGUCUUCCUGGCUACUUAUAUGUACAGUAUGCCAAGUUCGACCGGGGCCGCCGAAAGCACUCCUGCCGAUCCAUCCGAGAAGGCACCUGUCCUCGUGGUGGAAAACUAUGACGGCGAGAAGGGCUCGGACCUGAAGCCCAAUCAGAGGCCCUUCCGUGACGAGAGCGAUCUCGAGUCAGGCGACGAUGGCAGUCAAGACGGCGCCAGCGUCUAUGCACCUGACGACGGCACAAACAGCCGUAAUUUCUCCCCUUCAUUACUGUCUACUUCGACCAUGGAGAAACAGGUUCUCGCCGAGCUAGGCCAUGUUUCUUGA